AUGCUGGAUGUCCCCACAGGAGGAGGCAAAACCCUCGCAUUUUGGUUCGCCCUCUUCUACUACUGGCAGCCUGGGUGCACAGACGAAGCCUCCAACAAGAUAGUCCUUGUUAUUGGGCCGCUAGUCGCGCUUCUAGAGGCCCAAGCCCAGCUGCUCAAUUCCAAAGGCAUUCCAGCCAUAGCUGUUACCUCAAACACUCCAGACCUUGAGCAGGCAUUAACUACCAAGAAACUGGGACAAAAUCAGUAUCGCGUUGGUUUUCUCGGGCCAGAGAUGGGUCUCACGCCGCUAUUCCACGAGAAAGUGCUAAACAGCAUACCAUUCACAAAGAAUAUAAUCAACCUUAUUAUCGACGAGGUACACUGCAUUUCCGAGUGGGGGACCGACGACUUUCGCCCAGAGUACCGCAAGAUUGUUGAGCUUGUGGCGCGACUGCCUCCCGGGACCCCGAUUACAGGAGCAACAGCCACGGCACCUGACGAAGUUAUGCGACAUCUUGGAUGUCCUGGGACUUCCCGAGAUACUGCCAAAGUGCAGCAUUCGAAUUUUAUCACCGACAUGUUCAUGAAGAUCGGAAGGUCGACAUCCAAACGCCAAAUUGCCAGCGGCGAAGCUGCGCCUGUCUCAGCAACAGAUGCAUUAGGCCUCCAUCGAGCGCGCGUCAUCCUGUGGAUGAAGCCCCGCACCUUUCUCUCUACAGUCCAAAAAAUCGGUCGUUGUGCUCGAGAUUUCACCAAACGUGGCGAGGCGGUCUUGUAUAUCACCAAGAACAUGAGGACGCGUUGUUAUGCCGAGUCGGAAAGCUUACGCGAGGAUGUCGAGACUGGAAAUGAAGGGUCGGAAGGGUCGGAAGAUGAAGGGGAAGAGGUAGGGCACGAUCGGGAGUUGGCGUUGGAGGAAAUGGACCAGCAAGAGGGAGAGAAUACCGAGGAGAGAGUGGACCGGCCGUCUUUCCAGCAACGCGUGUCUAAAAAGAAGAAGCAGUCAGAGAUUCAAUUGCGAGAUGAACGAUUUCUGCUCAAGUUCAUUGUGACAGAAGCAUGCCGUCGCCGAGUCUGGGACCGAUUCUUUGGGAACGAAAGCAAAGCUACUCUGGCCCAUUCAUGUCCUCCCGGUCCAUGCUGCGAUAACUGCGACCCAGACACGUUUGAGUUGGAAACAGUGGUGCUGGUUGGUGGACGGGGGAGGAAGGCGGGGCGGAAAGGAGCGAGCUCAGAAGAGCUUGAUGCUGCUAUCCGAGCAAAGCUGGAGGCCUUUAGGGAAGAGUUGGUGGAUGAACUCUACCCGCAUCAGCACUUCCUUUCUGGGUCGAUCCUUCUCUCUGACGCUGUCGUCGACGAUCUAGCAAAACGCGCUAGGCUCAUCGUCAACUCUGAAGCUAUUGGUCAGCAUACCCACUGGGUUCUCGCACCGAAAUACGGAGACAGAGUGGUCUCCGUUAUUCAAAAUAUUGUCACCCUCUAUCCGGAUGCUGCUGCUCUGGCACGCAAAACACAAGAAGCGGAACGUGAGCAGAGGACUAUGGAACGCAAUGCCUUCAAGAACCUUCGAAAGCAACUGGAGCUGGUAUUUCAAGGGUGCUACGAGGCUGUUUAUUCGGAAAUGGUGGAGCCGCCAGCUCUGCCCGUGUCCAAUCGAAAGCGCAAGAAGCCCAAUCCUCGGCGACGCUGUCAACUAUUCAUACAGCUACCCAAGAAGAAUCGAUACCCCAGCUACUAUGUUCAAAUCCAGAACCCCAUCUCCAUGUCAAACAUCAAGAAACUCUGCGAGAAGGUAACACAUUAUACAAAUAUCAUGGAUUAUCGAAACGACUGGCAUCGGAUGUUCGACAAUGCCACCGCCUUCAAUCUUCCGGACUCGGAAAUAUACAACGAUGCUCUUUUUAUUUGCGUCGUGUUUUUGACCGUGCGUUACAGCGCCUCACCUACGAGCAUCGAGUACCCGGUUAUGAACACCUCCUGGGUCAGUCCAUUAUCUUUCAACUUUUGA